UGAAAACUGACUGGCUUUCUAAAAUCUGCAAAGUUCAACCAGAAGUUAAAGUCUUGGUGGAGAAGUUAUUGGGUGUGGAGCGCACUCUGCAUGAGGUAUCCCACACAUGGUCCCUUCUGACCAUAAAUUCCAGGACAUCUUAGGUCACAUUGCACUGGGCAAAUAAGAAGAAAGAGGAAAAUAAAUAAAUUAAAUUAGAUGACAACGUUUUCCUGCCUUAUUUCCUUCCCCUAUUCAUUAGCAGAUAAAGCACACAGAGAGGGCAGGCAGACGGCAGGCAGACGGCUGGACUGUAACAGGAGACGAUCAGGAGAAAGCAUUUCCAAUGGGAGCUGCAGAGUUGACACCUGGGAUAGGAGCAGCCUGCGGAGACAACCCUGAAACCCUUCUCAGUGAAACCGGAAGGAUUGGCAACUCUACAUUAGAGAGCCUACAAUAACUCACCACUUGAAGAGUAACACAGACUGAUCCUUUGCUAAGUGUCCCAGCAAGAAUGGCAACACCACCAAUGUCAACCAUGCUGUAUAGCACAGAUAACCCAGCCAACAUGACCAACUAUGAGUACCAAUACUUAGAGGAGGAGGAUUACAUCCAGUUUGUGGUUUGCACAAAGGAAAAUGUCCGGGCAUUUGGCAAGGUGUUCCUGCCAGUACUCUACACAAUAGUGUUUCUGCUUGGAUUGACUGGGAACUGUCUACUCUUUGCCAUCUUAAUCAAAUAUACCAAGAACAAGAAGAUGACCGAGGUGUAUCUGCUGAAUCUGACUGUUUCAGACCUUCUCUUUGUGAUAACUCUUCCCUUCUGGGCCACAUACGCAGCUUCACAGUGGGUGUUUGGGAAUGCUUUCUGCAAGAUCAUAAGUAUCAUCUACUCCAUCAACUUCUACAGCGGCAUCUUCUUUGUCAGCUGCAUGAGUCUGGACAAGUACCUGGAAAUUGUUCAUGCUUGGUCCAAUAAAAACUUAAGGGCCCCAAGAAAGAGCUUCUUUAUCUCUUCAUUAGUGUGGGUUUUGUCUAUUCUCCUGUCUAUUCCAGAGUGUAUCUUCGUGCAGGUGCAAGAUCUCCACAACGGGAGACAGGUUUGCCACCUGAAUUAUGGCCCGCAUCAUUUCAACUGGAAGCUUCUCUUUCAAUUUCAGCAGAUCCUGCUUGGCUUCUUCCUUCCAUUCCUUUGCAUGGUGUUCUUCUACUCCCGCGUAGCUUGUGUCCUCACCGAGUUAAGGUCCACUGGCAAGAAGAAAGCGCUUCGCCUGGUCGUUACUCUGGUGGUAGUUUUCUUUGUGCUGUGGUUCCCGUACAAUGUUACCCUCUUUCUGCAUUUGUUGCAGCACCUCCAUGUGAUUAAGGAUUGUGAAACUAGCAAGCACUUGGACUAUGCUCUGCAAGUGACCGAGUGCCUUGCCUUUAUUCACUGCUGCCUCAACCCCUUGCUAUAUGCUUUUGUGAACAAACGGUUCAGGUUACACUUAAAGAAGAUUUUUGGGGCUGUCUUUAGGCAGCAGGAUUUCUUUGUUCCUCAGGUGCCAGAGACAAAUAAUUCUUCUAGUAGGUCCACCGACCAAGUAGAAAUGACCAACUUUACAACUCCGUAAUGAAUAUUUAGAGAAUUUCAUUGAUGCACAUGCUUUAUUAUCACAUAGACUGCUGUUUCCAGCAAUGGAGGAAUGUAUGGAUAUAGUAGCCCAGUGUCGGUGCGUCUGUAACGCUGACAUACAUGGCCACGCCCCCUGGAUGUGUACGUCACCACCCCGCCCCCCUUCUCCUCCCUAUGUGGCCUGCUGUGGCACUCCCCCAGGGCCCAGCGGUGCUCAGCUGGGCCCCGGCAGGGCAGCAAGCAGUGGCAAGAGGCCC